CAAGGCCCCGCCUGUCCCCUCUCCGGAGCUCUUAUACUCUGAGCCCUGCUCGGUUUAGGCCUGUCUGCAGAAUCCGCACCAACCAGCACCAUGCCCAUGACACUGGGGUACUGGGACAUCCGCGGGCUGGCCCACGCCAUCCGCCUGCUCCUGGAAUACACAGACUCAAGCUAUGAGGAAAAGAAGUACUCGAUGGGGGACGCUCCUGACUAUGACAGAAGCCAGUGGCUGAAUGAAAAAUUCAAGCUGGGCCUGGACUUUCCCAAUCUGCCCUACUUGAUUGAUGGGGCUCACAAGAUCACCCAGAGCAACGCCAUCUUGUGCUACAUUGCCCGCAAGCACAAUCUGUGUGGGGAGACAGAAGAGGAGAAGAUUCGUGUGGACAUUUUGGAGAACCAGACCAUGGACAACCACAUGCAGCUGGGCAUGAUCUGCUACAAUCCAGAAUUUGAGAAACUGAAGCCAAAGUACUUGGAGGAACUCCCUGAAAAGCUAAAGCUCUACUCAGAGUUUCUGGGGAAGCGGCCAUGGUUUGCAGGAAACAAGAUCACUUUUGUAGAUUUUCUCGUCUAUGAUGUCCUUGACCUCCACCGUAUAUUUGAGCCCAAGUGCUUGGACGCCUUCCCAAAUCUGAAGGACUUCAUCUCCCGCUUUGAGGGCUUGGAGAAGAUCUCUGCCUACAUGAAGUCCAGCCGCUUCCUCCCAAGACCUGUGUUCACAAAGAUGGCUGUCUGGGGCAACAAGUAGGGCCUUGAAGGCCAGGAGGUGGGAGUGAGAGCCCAUACUCAGCCUGCUGCCCAGGCUGUGCAGCCCAGCUGGACUCUGCACCCCAGCACCUGCCUCCUCUUUCUUUUCUCCUGUUUCUUCCCAUCUUCCCAUCUUUACCCCCAAGACUUCAUUGCCCCUCUUCACUUCCCCUAAACCCCUGUCCUAUGCAGGCCCUUUGAAGCCUCAGCUACCCACUAUCCUUCAUGAACAUCCCCUCCCAUCAUUACCCUUCCCUGCACUUUAGUAAGGCCAGCCUGACCGUCCUUCCUGUUAGUGGUUGUGUCUGCUUUGAAGGGCCUGCCUGGCCCCUCGCCUGUGGAGCUCAGCCCCGAGCUGUCCCCGUGUUGCAUGAAGGAGCAACAUUGACUGGUUUACAGGCCCUGCUCCUGCAGCGUGGUCCCUGCCUUAGGCCUACCUGAUGGAAGUAAAGCCUCAACCACA